CGUCGGACCCCGAAGCGUCCACCGAAGACGAUGAAACAAAGGACGGUGCCGUACCCAAGAACUGCAUGCAUCGUCCACGCAAUGGUCAGAGGAGAGUCGUCAACCUCAGCGAGUACGAGGUGACGGCCGGGUUGUUCAUGGCACCGAAGGACAUAGAUUUUAAAGAAGCUGCAGAGGCUGUCGGGGAGGUCUCCAACAAGUAUAACAAGGAGGAUCGAGACAUUCAGGCCUCAACUCCAAACGUUGCACCACAGAGUUUGGCCAGUAAAGAAAUUGAAGAAACGAAAGAAUGCGGUCACUCUGACCAGCAAAUGAUCGUAC